AUGUCUGCGGAGUCCUCCGAGCUCUGUGGGGUGCGCAGUGAAGACGGUCCCCCUCCUGCUCGGGCACUGAGGGAGGAGGUUCCCCGGGGGGGGCGCAGUGAAGACGGUCCCCCUCCUGCUCGGGCACUGAGGGAGGAGGUUCCCCGGGGGGGGCGCAGUGAAGACGGUCCCCCUCCUGCUCGGGCACUGAGGGAGGAGGUUCCCCGGGGGGGGCGCAGUGAAGACGGUCCCCCUCCUGCUCGGGCACUGAGGGAGGAGGUUCCCCGGGGGGGGCGCAGUGAAGACGGUCCCCCUCCUGCUCGGGCACUGAGGGAGGAGGUUCCCCGGGGGGGGCGCAGUGAAGACGGUCCCCCUCCUGCUCGGGCACUGAGGGAGGAGGUUCCCCGGGGGGGGCGCAGUGAAGACGGUCCCCCUCCUGCUCGGGCACUGAGGGAGGAGGUUCCCCGGGGGGGGCGCAGUGAAGACGGUCCCCCUCCUGCUCGGGCACUGAGGGAGGAGGUUCCCCGGGGGGGGCGCAGUGAAGACGGUCCCCCUCCUGCUCGGGCACUGAGGGAGGAGGUUCCCCGGGGGGGGCGCAGUGAAGACGGUCCCCCUCCUGCUCGGGCACUGAGGGAGGAGGUUCCCCGGGGGGGGCGCAGUGAAGACGGUCCCCCUCCUGCUCGGGCACUGAGGGAGGAGGUUCCCCGGGGGGGGCGCAGUGAAGACGGUCCCCCUCCUGCUCGGGCACUGAGGGAGGAGGUUCCCCGGGGGGGGCGCAGUGAAGACGGUCCCCCUCCUGCUCGGGCACUGAGGGAGGAGGUUCCCCGGGGGGGGCGCAGUGAAGACGGUCCCCCUCCUGCUCGGGCACUGAGGGAGGAGGUUCCCCGGGGGGGGCGCAGUGAAGACGGUCCCCCUCCUGCUCGGGCACUGAGGGAGGAGGUUCCCCGGGGGGGGCGCAGUGAAGACGGUCCCCCUCCUGCUCGGGCACUGAGGGAGGAGGUUCCCCGGGGGGGGCGCAGUGAAGACGGUCCCCCUCCUGCUCGGGCACUGAGGGAGGAGGUUCCCCGGGGGGGGCGCAGUGAAGACGGUCCCCCUCCUGCUCGGGCACUGAGGGAGGAGGUUCCCCGGGGGGGGCGCAGUGAAGACGGUCCCCCUCCUGCUCGGGCACUGAGGGAGGAGGUUCCCCGGGGGGGGCGCAGUGAAGACGGUCCCCCUCCUGCUCGGGCACUGAGGGAGGAGGUUCCCCGGGGGGGGCGCAGUGAAGACGGUCCCCCUCCUGCUCGGGCACUGAGGGAGGAGGUUCCCCGGGGGGGGCGCAGUGAAGACGGUCCCCCUCCUGCUCGGGCACUGAGGGAGGAGGUUCCCCGGGGGGGGCGCAGUGAAGACGGUCCCCCUCCUGCUCGGGCACUGAGGGAGGAGGUUCCCCGGGGGGGGCGCAGUGAAGACGGUCCCCCUCCUGCUCGGGCACUGAGGGAGGAGGUUCCCCGGGGGGGGCGCAGUGAAGACGGUCCCCCUCCUGCUCGGGCACUGAGGGAGGAGGUUCCCCGGGGGGGGCGCAGUGAAGACGGUCCCCCUCCUGCUCGGGCACUGAGGGAGGAGGUUCCCCGGGGGGGGCGCAGUGAAGACGGUCCCCCUCCUGCUCGGGCACUGAGGGAGGAGGUUCCCCGGGGGGGGCGCAGUGAAGACGGUCCCCCUCCUGCUCGGGCACUGAGGGAGGAGGUUCCCCGGGGGGGGCGCAGUGAAGACGGUCCCCCUCCUGCUCGGGCACUGAGGGAGGAGGUUCCCCGGGGGGGGCGCAGUGAAGACGGUCCCCCUCCUGCUCGGGCACUGAGGGAGGAGGUUCCCCGGGGGGGGCGCAGUGAAGACGGUCCCCCUCCUGCUCGGGCACUGAGGGAGGAGGUUCCCCGGGGGGGGCGCAGUGAAGACGGUCCCCCUCCUGCUCUGGCACUGAGGGAGGAGGUUCCCCGGGGGGCCCCUUCAUCGCGCCGGAGUCUUGAUUACAAGUGUUGUGGAAUUCAUUAG